AUGGCAUCGGCAGGCAGUGUCAGGGCUUCAUUCUUCGACAAUCCCCAAUACUCGGACAUCACCAUCAAGUUUGGCCAACAUGAGAUUCGUGCACACAAAGUCAUCCUUGCACAGCAAUCCGGGUACUUUGCGACCGCCUUCUUCAGCAACUUUCAGGUAAACGGGUCUAGUGGUACAGAUGAUGCCUGA